AUGGAGCUGUCUCCUCCUCCCUCUGGCCUGGUAGCAGAGUACGCCGCACUUUUCACCCCAGACUCGCUUCACUUCCUCCGUGAGCUGAUCUCCACAUUUAAUGACGAGGUGGAUCAGAUCCUGCGGUUGAGAGUGUCCAGAAAGGCCCAUCUGGAUCUCUCAGGUGACUUGCCAAACUUCCUGGAAAGCACCUCACAUAUCAGGAGAGACCCAGCCUGGAGGGUGCUCCCCGUCCCCCCGAGGCUCCAAAAGAGACAUGUGGACGUUGGGGAUCUCGCCCCGUGCGAUACUCAGCGCUUCAUUAAAGCUCUCCAGUCACCAGCACAAGGCCUACAGGUUGAUUUCGACGACGGAAACUGUCCGACAUAUUACAACCAGAUCAAAGGCCUUCACAACGUCGUUAAGGCGGUGUGCAACCAGUUCCAUGAUGCUCCACACAUAUCUCAGGCUCCGGUUCUGAUGCUGCGUCCUCGUGCAUGGAACAUGCUGGAGCACAACAUGAUGGUGGAGGGAAAAGAGGCUCCUGGUCCUCUCUUUGACUUUGGACUUCUCAUGUUUCACUGUGGAAAGAAGCUGUUUGAACACCAGAGUGGACCGUUUUUCUACCUGUCAAAAGUGGAGAGCUUCAUGGAGGCCAGACUGUGGAACAAGAUAUUUGUGUGGACACAGCAGAAGCUGGGCCUCCCGCUGGGCAGCAUCAAGGCAACGGUGCUGAUUGAAAAUGUGUUGGCAGCGUUUGAGAUGGAGGAGAUCCUCUAUGAGCUCCGGGACCACUCAGCAGGACUCAACUGUGGCAUCUGGGAUUACUCGGCCUCCUUUGUCAAUAAGUUUGGUCACCGUCGGGCUUUCCUGCUGCCUGACCGCAGUAAAUACGUCAACAUGGAGAAGCGUUUCCUGCGCAGCUACAUGGACCUGUUGGUUCAGACGUGCCACCGGCGGGGAGCGCUCGCCACCGGAGGCAUGGCUGCUUCGCUGCUGCCUCAGGACCCGAUCAGCGACUCCCACAGGACGGCGCUGGCUUCCGUCAAGAGACUGAAGCUGUUGGAGAUCAGGGCAGGUGUGGACGGCUUCAUGGUGUAUGAUCUGAACCUGAUCGAGCCGAUGCAGCAGCUCUUCAAGCUCCACACUGAAGGUGAAAACCAGCUUCACCAGCUUCGAAAUGACAUUGCGGUGACUCCAGAUGAUCUGCUGUCCAUGCCGUCGGGAGGAGUCACCCUUCAUGGUUUGAAGCAUAACAUUGCAGUUGGUGUCCUCUUUAUUAAUGCCUGGCUCUCAGGUAAAGGACAUUUUUUCUACAGAGGACAGGUCGAAGAUUCAGCCACAGCAGAGAUCUCCAGAUCGCAGGUGUGGCAGUGGAUCCACCACCAGACUCAGCUGGAGGAUGACAGCCGGCUGGUGAGCAGGCGGCUGGUCACUGAACUCACCAAACAGCUCUUGAUGGAGCUCAGCGCUCUCAAUCACUCUGAGAGGACUAAACAGAUGCUACACACAGCGGCCGACAUGUUCCUGGAGGUGGUCCUGAAGAGACACUUCCCAGAGUUCAUCACCACCUACUUGAACCAGGACCACACCUUCCUCAGCUCUCAGAACCCUGGACAGGUGGAGAUUCUGGACAUGGAGCGAUCCAAACUGUGA